GACCAGGCCAGAGUCAGCCCCACCCGGAGCCCCCUUUCAGAAGUUAGGCUCCCAAGAAGGAACACCCAAAUUGUCCAGUUGCUGCAGAGCCCCAGCCUCCAGGGGCAGGGGCCUCCAGGAGAGUCUGUAAACGGUUUCCUCACAAUCACCCUUCUCAGGACGGUGGGGGCAUCCACUGCUCAGCCGGAAUCUGACUCUCGUGGCAUAGAGCCCGGUCUCCGUGGCAGCGGAGGAUUUAUUACCAGGCCUCCGCCCAGCAUGCUGGACUUUCGACUCCAAGCUGGAGUAAAGAGAACCAAACUCAGUUCCAGGAGCAAGGGGAGCCUGAGGAUGGCCAAGUUCCUUUCCCAGGACCAAAUUAAUGAGUACAAGGAGUGCUUCUCCCUGUACGACAAGCAGCAAAGAGGGAAGAUCAAGGCCACAGAUCUUCUGGUGUCCAUGAGGUGCCUAGGGGCCAGCCCCACGCCCGGGGAAGUGCAGCGGCACCUGCAGACUUAUGGGAUAGACAAGAACGGAGAGCUGGACUUCUCCACCUUCCUGACCAUCAUGCAUAUGCAAAUCAAGCAAGAGGACCCAAAGAAAGAAAUCCUUCUGGCCAUGCUGAUGGCAGACAAGGAGAAGAAAGGUUACAUCAUGGCGUCUGAGCUGCGGUCGAAACUCAUGAAACUGGGAGAGAAGCUCACUCACAAGGAAGUGGAUGAUCUUUUCAAGGAAGCAGGCGUUGAACCAAACGGCCAAGUGAAAUAUGACACGUUUAUCCAGAGGAUCACCGUCCCUGUGCGAGACUACUGAGAGAGCCAAGAUCAAGGGAGCAGAUGAGAGCCUCUGGGGCCUGAAAACCUAGACUGAUUCCUUUUUGUAAGGGAAGUCUAGAGAUGACACAACCACUGCACGGCAUAAGUACCAAUAAAUGAUGUGGCCAUGGCAUUGGAUGAUUGUAAUAAGGUCUGUCUUGAUUUCGGUGCUAACAUUAGUCUAGCCAUUUGCAGCACAGUCUAGCCCUAUGAUCUGUAGUCGGGGUUGUGUGCCAGUGCUGCCUCUGCAACAUCAUCCCCUCACCCAUUGUACUUCUCAAAGCCUUUGGACCUCAUAAGGAUGAAGAUUGUGACUGAAGACAAAUGGUUGGCAACUUC